AUGGACGCAGAGAUGGCAUCCUGGAAGUCCACAGGCACCUACGUCGACGAGGUUCCCCCACCUGGGGCGAACAUCGUCAGUGGCAUGUGGAUUUUCAGGGUGAAGCGGUCGCCAGGUUCUCCGCCUGCCUUCAAGGCGCAUUACGUUGCACGAGGUUUCAGUCAGCGAGAGGGAGUAGACUUCUUCCAGACCUUCUCCCCCACCCCGAAGAUGACCACUCUUCGGGUGCUGCUGCACGUUGCCGCUCAGCGUGACUACGAGCUUCACUCUCUUGACUUCAGCACAGCCUUCUUACAGGGCAGCCUGCACGAGGAGAUCUGGCUGCGCCGCCCACCUGGCUUCACUGGGUCGUUCCCUCCUGGUACCCAGUGGAGCCUCAGGCGGCCGGUCUACGGUCUCCGCCAGGCGCCACGUGAGUGGCACGACACACUGAGGACGACACUUGCGGCUCUUGGGUUUGCUCCGUCGACUGCUGACCCGUCGCUGUUUCUACGCACCGACACUUCGCUGCCGCCGUUCUACAUCCUCGUGUACGUCGACGACUUGGUCUUUGCCACUGCUGACACUGAGGCUCUCGCCCUGGUGAAGUCGGAGCUGCAGAAGAGACACACGUGCACAGACCUGGGUGAGCUGACAAGCUAUCUUGGCUUGCGGAUCACCCGGGACAGAGCACGCCGCACCAUCACACUGACUCAGUCACACAUGGUGCAGCAGGUCCUUCAGCGCUUCGGCUUCACCUGGUCCUCGGCACAGCACACUCCUCUGGCUACAGGUCACUCGCUCUCAGCUCCACCUUCGGACGAGUCCGUAGAGCCGAGUGGUCCUUACCCAGAGCUAGUGGGCUGCCUCAUGUACCUGAUGACCUGCACUCGUCCUGACCUUGCGUACCCUCUUGGCCUUCUGGCUCGCUACGUGGCUCCUGGUCGGCACCGAAAGGUGCACAUGGAUGCUGCUAAGAGGGUACUGCGCUACUUGUGCAGUACAUCGGGCAUGGGGCUCGUGCUUGGAGGACGGAGCGACGUUGUCCUCACUGGGCACUCAGACGCUUCUUGGGUUGACGACCAGGCUACGCAGCGGUCGUCGCAGGGUUACACCUUCAGCCUUGGCUCUGCCAUGGCUGCACAGGAGUUACGCUGGCUCACCUACCUGCUGACCGACUUGGGAGAGCGGCCUCGUUCUCCUCCAGUGCUGUACGUCGACAACAAGGCAGCCAUUGCCUUGUGUGAGGAGCACAGACUGGAGCACAGAACAAAGCACAUCGCUCUGCGUUACUUCCUGGCUCGAGAGUUGCAGCAGCGUGGUCAGCUUCGUCUGCGUUACGUGGCCACUCGGGCCAACACUGCUGAUAUAUUCACCAAGGCACUUCAGUCUGGUGAUCAUCAGCGUUUCUGCACCGUGCUAGGGCUUGUGCCCACUUUUCCUCACUUGCUGUAG